UGAGAGACUGCCAUCCCACAGUUUCCGCUGGGAUUAGAAUAGUCACAGUAAAUCGAAUUUUGUUGCAUUUUCCCGUUUGGAUGUGGGGAAAUUAAAGAUUCAAAAGGACCGGACACAUGAGGGCUGCGAAAGCAUCUCUCACCGUCUGCCGUCCCUCCUCUCAGGAAACCAGGAUGAAUGUGGAGAGCCUGAGCCAGAAGGAGCUGCUGACGCUGCUGAGCAUUCUGGAGGGAGAGCUGGAGGCGCGGGACCUGGUGAUCGAGUCCCUGAGGGCCCAGCGCAGAGAUGCCUUUGUGCAGGAGCGCUACGGGAAGUACAACCUGAGCGACCCCUUCCUGGCCCUGCAGCGGGACGGUGAGGUCAUGAGGGGGCGGAGCCCCGCGGGCCAGGUGAGCCCCACCCUCCCGGCGGCCCCCCCCAGCCCCCUGGCCGUGCUCAAGCUGGUCAUGUCCCACUGCAAGCGCAUGCAGGAGAAGAUGCUGGCCCAGCUCGCCGCCGCCGAGAGCAGGCACAGAAAGGUCAUCGCGGACCUGGAGGAGGAGAAGCGGCGGCAUGCGCAGGACACGGCGGAAGGCGAUGAUGUCACCUGCAUGCUGGAGAAGGAGCGGGAGCGGCUCCUGCAGCAGCUGGGCUUUGAGAGCUCCCAGGUGAAGCGCAUGCAGAAGGAGCAGAGGAGGCUGAGGACGCAGCUGGAGGAGAGCCGUCUGCAGCACAAGCAGCUCACCUCCUCCCUGGCCAAGGAGGGCCAGCGGGGGGCGGAGCUGAGCCACAGGCUGGAGGAGGAGCGGGCCGCCGCGGAGGCGCUGAGGGCGGAGCUGGAGGCGGAGCGGAGGCAGGCCCUGCGGGCGGAGGCGCGGGCGGAGGAGCAGCUGGCCGAGUUCGACACGGAGAAGGAGCAGCUGAGGGCGUGGCUGAGGAGGGAGGAGGGGCGGGGCCAGGAGCUGCAGGCGGAGGUGGAGCAGCUGAGGAGCGCGCUGGCCAGGCUGGGAGGAGGCGCGGAGGAGGAGAGCCGCACCCAGACUGACUCGGGGGAGAAGCCGAGCGGUGACUCCUCUGCCCCACACAAGCUGAACGGGCACCAUGGUGACAGGGAGGCGGAGGCCUGCAAGGAAAACGGGUGUGACAACAGGGCCCCGCCCCCUACUUUACAACCUCAGCAAAACCCCGCCCCCGUGCCAUGCCACACCCUCGGCUCCUCCCCCUGCUCCUCCCCCCUCCUGGCCCGGCAUCCGGUGGGCGUGGCUCCAUCCAGCCCCUCCUACCAGGCGUCCUACCAGGCGGGAAUCCACCAGCGUUUCCACGCCACGCGACACAAGUUCCAGGGCCAGCCGGACCCCUCCGCCCCGUCCACCCCCUCCGCUCCAACCACCCCGCCCAUUCCCGCUGACCCGCCCACCCCCUCCACCCCUACCCCCCCCUCCGCCCCGCCAGAGCCCGCCUCAGUGAAGCAGCUUGCCCGUAACACGCUCACCCAGGCGCUGUCCCGCUUCACUGGCCAGCAGGGCGGCGCUAAGCCUGCGGCCCCCCCCAGCUCCCCCACCGGCAGCGACUGCCGCAGCCCACCUCCGGGCGCGGCCCCCACCCCCACCAGGGUCACCAGCCCCAUCUCCCCGGGAGUGAAGUCCCCCAUCAUUCCCCGUGCCGAGAGGGGCCACCCACCCCCCAUACCCCCAAAAAAGCCCGGUCUGGCCCAGACCCCCAUGUCCCCCGGACCCUCGCCCCGGGCCAGCCACUUCCACGAUCUCUCCAGCACCUGCGGCCUCACCAGCAGCCAGGAGGGCAGCAAAGAGCCAGACCUGGUCCUGUCCUCCACCAGCUAACCUGCGCGACAGCGCCCCCUGUCCCCUCCCACUGCACAUUACACCCUGACACACCCCCCUAUACUCAAAGACUCAGAUAUCUGAAACACUGUCCAGUUUAUUUAUUUCAGUUUUUCACCUUCAAACCUUUCCUACAUUAUAUCCGCCUGUACAAGGGUGCAGAAAAUCUUGGCCGUUAUGGGUACUGAUAUUAACUCAACACAGCGAGUGAAUGAUGAGUAAAAUGUAAUAUAAAAUGUAAUGAAUAGUUCUGGCUGAAGUGCCUAACUGCUCUCUCAGGUGAGCAGCAUACAUUUCUGUAUCUCUUUUUCUCUGUCUUGAACAGAACAAAAGAAGUCAGCUAGGAAUCAGGAAGCUGGUGAGAGCUGCUAUGCAUUUAGAUAAAACAUAAAGUACAUAAAGUAGCAGAGUGCUGCUGGGAAAUGAAGUCCAUUAACUCUGGGGGGCAUCAGCAACACUGUGAAAUGUCAGUGAGAGUGAGUGUUUACCCACUGCU